UAUACUUGAUUAAUUAAAUAUGCAUUUGCCACAACAACGGCCGCAUCAUGACAUUGCCGCGUUAUUUGCGGCUGCCCAGCCGGACUUUCUGCGGGUAAGUGCGCCCAUGGUGCGAUACAGUAAGCUGGAGUUUCGAAGAUUGGUGCGGAUGAAUGGAGUUCAACUAGCAUUCACACCAAUGAUGAUCUCCGACUCGAUCAACAACAGCGAAAAGGCACGGCAGAAUGAGUUUUCCACGGACCCCGACGAUCAGCCACUCAUUGCACAGUUUGCGGCCAAAGAUGCGAUAGAGUUUGUCACGUCGGCCCAGCUGAUCUAUCCCUAUGUCGAUGGCAUCGAUUUGAACUGCGGCUGCCCCCAGAGCUGGGCGAUGUCCAAGGGCUAUGGAUGCGGACUGCUGCGUCAGCCGGAACAGGUGCGAGAGGUUGUGCAACAGGUCAGGCGUACUCUGCCCUCGGACUUUAGUGUCUCCGUGAAGAUGCGUCUUCUUGGCGGCAGUGAAGAGGAUUCUGUGGAGAGGACCAUUGACCUGGCCCGCCAACUGGAACGCGCUGGAGUCACUUUUCUCACACUCCACGGUCGGACGCCUGCCCAGAAGCAUUCCAAGGACACGCUCAACGUCUCCGCCAUGGAAGAAGUGCGCAAAUCCCUGCAGAUUCCCCUGAUAGUGAACGGAAACGUGGAAUCCUGGUCAGAUGCCUGCGAAUUACACGCGCAGACUGGUGCGGCUGGCGUAAUGGCUGCCCGAGGUCUCCUCGCGAAUCCGGCGCUAUUCAACAGCGAUUACCCGACAGCCACGACAACUCCUUUGGCCUGUGUGGAGCAGUGGCUGGACAUUGCCUCUGCUGCCGGGGACAAUUUGCUCUUCCAAUGCUUCCAUCAUCAUCUGACGUUCAUGUGGAGCAGCGAAAUGAAGCGAUCCCUGCGCGUCCAGUUCAACAGUCUGGGCACAAAACAACAGGUCGUGGAUUUUCUCGGAGAGCACUACAAUGUGCAAACCAGUGAAGUCGACCUGGAGCCGGCCCUUUACACAGACUGCACGUACACCCACUUUAUCCCGCCCAGGCAUGCGAGACACAUUGCUGCCGAGGCGGAGGAGAAAGCGUGGAGCUCUAAAAGCGAUGGAAAAUUCUUUACAGAGUUCAAGGCGCAUCAAAUUUCCAGCCCAGCAGGAGAUGACCUGGAGCUGGGGGGCCUUUUUGGUGGAGAGGAAUGAUCAAUCAUCUGCAUAUAGUUAGUUAUAAUCGCAAAUUAAUAAAACUACACAUUUUAAGUAAAA